GAGAGACCGAAGACCAUGGAUAUUAUUAACAUAGACGACGUGGAGACUGGGAUGCGUUCUUCCAAGAGCUCGGCGAUACCGUUCAACUGUAUCAGCUCGAACUCGAUAUGCUAUGUGGCAAUCACAAUCGCGACGCUGGCCUUCCUCGGCACGAUAGUCUUCGUCUGCAGGGACUACAUCAAAGUGCUCUUGUACUGGAUCGAGCACCAGAACGCCUGGGUCAUCACUGUGAUCUUCAUAGCCCUGUUCACGGUGGUCUCCUUCCCGAUCGUGAUCGGUUAUCUAUUCCUCAUCGUCGCCAGUGGCUACCUCUUCGGCGUGGUGCGCGGCAUGACAAUUGUGAUACUUUCCGCCAAUCUCGGCAUAGCUAUAGCUCAUGUUACUCUGGGUCUGCUCUCUACCAAGCUGCCUAUAGGUGCUCUCCUACAGAGCGACACAGCUAGAGCAAUACUCCGUGUUAUCUCUGGCCCUCAGGCUUUCAAGAUCGUGUUGUUCGCGCGAUUGACGCCGAUCCCGUUCGGUCUUCAGAAUACCAUCUUUGCGGUCAGUAACAUAGGUGGUUUUCAUUACCACAUUGCCAGUGCAAUAGGCUUACUACCUGCCCAGCUGGUAAACGUUUACCUGGGCAGCAGUUUGAGAUCUAUGCAGGACGUGUUAGAGGACAGAUCUACAGCGGCAACUGGCUAUAUAGUCUUUUGCUUUCAGAUAUUAAUCGGGGUCUCGCUGAUGGUAUAUAUUGUACAGAAGGCGCGGAAGGAGCUGCAAUUGACGCUGUUCGAGGCGGACCUCGCGUCCAUGUCCAAUUCUCCUCAUUAUUUGAUCGAUGGUCUACCAGACUCCAAAUUAAUCUUAACGAACUUGAUAGCGUAAUACCUCCAACCGAACGUCCGAGCAAUGUAUACGACGGUCGCGAUUCGAUUGUAUGAGCGACGUUCGAGGUGUUUCUUUUCCUCCUUUUGACAUAUCUUACUCUAUUCGUAUUGUUUUUUUUUUAUUUUUAAUCUAAUAUAGGCUUCUUCUCUCUAAUAACUUCCAGAAAUAACAGUAUCUCGCUAACUUAUUGAUGGUGCUUCUGAGAAUCUAGGCUUUCCAAUGUGAUACGUACAACAAUCUCAUAUCAGAGAUGACAUAUAUGUCUUACCAAAGUUAACAUACUUUAGAGACCGAGGAAAAAGGAAAAGCGAAGAAAAAGAAAAAAAAAGUAGACAACACCGAAUAGUACACGUUAUUGUGAAAGAAUACACGUAUAUUUUGGUAAAAAUGAUGAAUGAGACACAAGGGGACGGAUCAGCGAAUCAGUAUAUAAAGUUUCCUUGCAAGACAAAUUACUAUAAUUUAUAUAUAUAUAUAUGUGUGUGUUAAUAAUAUAUAUAUAGAGAGAGACUGAGAAUUUACAUUUAUACUGAUUACAUACUACCGAUUAUUUGAUCUUCCGUUUUGAACUUGGACAAUGUCGAUAUCGAACAAUAUCGACGUAUUUAAUGCAUUUGACCGUCUCUUCUCUCGUGCAAGUAUAUAAUAUAUAUAUAUAUACACAUAUACAUACAUACAUACAUAUAUCAUAUACGUUUUGUAUAUUAUCUAUUGCAAAGAGUAUUAUCUGUGUACGAUAAAUCUUGGAGAAGAUGCAUUUCUCGAUAAUGGUGAUAAAUAAAAUUUGGCCUUUCAACCGAACUCGCGUAAGUAAACCAAGUAAGUAAAUAAAUUCCAAACUCCGUCGUGUUUUUCGUGUAAUUUUUAUAAACAUUUAUUAUCUGACUAGAACUUCGGAUAUCAUUCGUCAUUUUCGCGCCUCGGAGCUCAAAGGAUCGGUUUUGUGUGUACGCCUACACACACAUAUAUAUAGAUAUGUUUGUAUACAUAUAUAUGUAUAUGUGUGUGUGAUGGUGUGACACAGUAGUCCUUCUAGCUUCAAGGCAAGUCUGGUUUAUGUAUAUUUGAGGAAUGGCGGCAUCGUGUCGAUUUAUUCUAGCGAAAGCUUCGUACACUUGUCUUUCUACACUCUGAGUCUCAUUCGUCUCUACACAUACCUCCCUCGCUCUCAAUACCUUUCUUCUUUUUUUUUUCUGUACAUAACUCCAUUACCUAACUUAGCGCGUAACUGGAAUCACAUUAUAAAAAUCUUUGACGUUCCUUAAAUCGUUACAAUUGUAUGUACAAAGACACGCCUCUGAACUCUCAA